UGUCUGCAGGUGUUGUUUCACACUUGCAGACACUCGCUCUGCUUCCCCCCUUCCUGUACACUGCACGUCAUCGCAGCCCUCUGCCCUGGCCCCACAGCCUUGCAGCACUUUGCCCCGAGCACGCGACGGGAGCAGCAUGGACAGGAGCGUGGUUCUGGGGCUGCUGCUGCUGCUGGCGCUGCCCGACGCCGGGAUGGGUGAGCACCGCAAUGGGGCUGGGGCGGCCGAUGGGAUCUCCACGAUGUCACCACAGGGAGCGGCGGAGCGCUGGGGCAGCCGUCCCCACUCCUCAGCAGCUGCUGUGGGAUGGGCUCCCCCUCCCCUGGCGGCGCGGUCGCGUCUGCUCAUCGUGGGGGGACACGAGGCCAAGCCCCACUCCCGGCCCUACAUGGUGUCGGUGCAGUCCAGGGGGCUGCACGCCUGCGGGGGAGCACUGCUGCACCCGCGCUGGGUGCUGACGGCCGCGCACUGCGUCCCACCGAGCGCCGACGUCUCCAGGAUGACGGUGGUGGUGGGGCUGCACCGGCUGAAGGAGCGCAAGGGCACCCAAAGCUUCGCCAUCCGCAGCGCCUGUCCCCACCCCGGCUACGACAGCCAGACGAUGGAGGACGACCUCCUCCUGCUGCAGCUGGACGGGAAGGUGACGCGCAGCAAGAGGCACCGACCCAUCAAGGUGCUGCGGCGGGAGCCGGCGGCGGGCACCGUGUGCAGCUUGGCGGGCUGGGGCGGGCAGCGGGGGCUGGCGACCGCGCUGCAGGAGCUGGACGUGGCCGUGCUGGACGCGCGGAUGUGCAACAACAGCCGCUUCUGGAACGGCGAGCUCGCACCCACCAUGAUCUGCUUCCAGAGCCGCAGCCGCGGCGGAGUCCCCACCAAGGGUGACUCCGGGGGUCCCCUGGUGUGCGGGCGCCCGGCGGCGGUGGCGGGCGUUAUGUCCUUCAGCAGCCCCAAGCCUACCGACCCCUUGAAGCCGCCGGUGGCCACCUCGGCGGUGAAGCACCACGCGUGGAUCCGGCGCACGCUGCGGCGCGGCUGCGCGGCACGGACGGAGCAGCCCCGGUUAUUUACACAGGGCAGUCCCCAGCCCAGUGACAAAGCAGCCGGGACCCCGACGAGCACCCAGCCCUGACGAGCACCAGAGCGGACCCCUGCGAGCCCCACCACCAGCACUCAGCCAGCACCCUGCUUAGGAGCAGCACAGACGGGGCCUGGCCCGGCCCCACACCUCACGCUUUGUCCCUUGGGGUGCCUCCCUGCUUUGCUCCGGCCGCGUAUCCCCGAGGGGAGGUGACCCCGUCUCCGCAAUAAAGGCGCUGCGAUGCCUGGC